UUAACUGUCAUACGACGUCAGUAAAAUUAAAACGUUAGGUGCGAGAGGUGCGCCCUGGUUCUACGGUCACGGUAGGGAAUUAGUAGGAGCACUGAGGAGCACGUAAAUAACGAAAAAUGUCUGCGUCCACCGAUGUUAAAGAUAUGUCGCGUCUUUUAAAACUUGCAAAGAAAUUUAAUUGCUUUUAUGUGUCAGGAUUCAAUUCCUCUGAAUGUAAGCCUUUUAUUGUCGAAGGUUAUCAAGUUGGAUUGAUUAGGCCAGAUGUCAUGAAACAAUUAAUAUAUUUUCCAGAGGUCUUUCAUAUUACUGCUGGAUGUGUGGAGUUGAAUCCAGCUUUUAGGGAUUAUCAAGAAAGGAGUGUUAAAAUUGAUGAGGUAUUAAGAGAAUUUAGAUGUAAGGAUACUUUUGUUACUCUUAAAGGCUGGAGAGAUGAGUGUUUUGAGGUAAAAACAGGAUUUAACACUCAGAGCCUUUUAAAAAUGGAUAGGUCAGCUACUUGUCUUUUUGGCAUUCAAAAUUAUGGCAUUUCAAUUAAUGGUUUUGUAAAACAUCCUGAAAAAGGGCAUUGUUUAUGGUUUCAAAAGAGAUCUAGUACCAAGCAAACAUGGCCGGGUAAAUGGGAUAGCAUGGUAAGUGGUGGUUUAUCAGUUGGUCAUGGUAUUUUGGAAACGGCCAAUAAAGAAGCUAUGGAAGAAGCUUCAGUUCCUCCAAUUUUGUUACAAAACCUAAUUAAUGUUGGAUGUGUUUCGUUCUAUUUUGAAUCAGAGAGGGGUUUGUUUCCAAAUACUGAGUUUGUGUUUGACUUAGAAUUACCAGUAGAAUUUGUUCCUGAAAAUGCUGAUGGUGAAGUUGAAAGUUUUGAAAUACUGCCAGUUUCAAAAUGCAUAGAAAAAAUGUUGGCAGAUGAUUUUAAAACUACUAGUGCGCCUGUUGUUUUAGAUUUUCUUAUUAGGCAUGGUGUUCUAACUGCCGAAAAUGAACCGGGUUACUUAAAUAUUAUAGAACUUUUACAUGUACCUUUACAAACAAUUUAUGGAAGAUAUCAUAAUGAGGUCAGAGAGAAUGGAAUUGCUAUAAAUAGUGCUUAAUUUAAUUUUAUCUGUAAUCAGAAAAAAAGCAGUAAUAUAUUAAACCAAUUGCGAAAGUUUUGUAUUUAUAAUACAAGUAAUGCUUGGUUACAUUUUAGGAUUAACUUAAAUUUGAUUAGUAAUAGUAUGUAUUUUAAACAUUUAUAUAUUUUGAGGAGUAUAAACAUUUUUAGAUACUUUUUGUCGACAAAGAUAGAGAACUGAAUAUUUUAAUUUUAUAUACCUGUCUUUUUUUGUUUUUAAAACGUCAAAUAGUUGAGCUGGAUAUUUUUUGAGUCAUUUUUAAAAGCUUUAAAAAUUUUUAAGUAGAAAUGAAUGUUUAAUUCAAAUGUAGUUAGAUUUUUUACAUAGUGUUAACUUAUAUUUAUAUACUGGUAUCUAGCGUUUGAUAUUCAUUUUUAAAAAGAUAGGUAAAGAUAUACAUUUUCUAUAUACAAAAUAAAUAUACAGAGAUAUGUGGAUUAAGUGCCAGUCUUAAAUUUUUUUUGCCAGUUAAAAUAUUCUUAUUUGAAAUAAUUUUGUUUUGAUACCUUUAAUGGAAUUAAAAAUAUUUUUAUGAAUUUCGCUAUACUUAAAUUUUCUCGUUUUCUGUCUUCCAGAUUAUUUUAAAUCUGUAACUGAAUCAUUUCUCCACUGUCGCUGGUAAACUGAUGUACACUCAGCGGCACGAAAAAUGGGCACCUUAAAACUUAAAAUUUUGAUGUAUUUUAAUGUUUUAUAUAUUGUGUUCCAGAGUGCUAGUGGACCGAUUUUGAUGAUUUUGUUAGCAAUUUGUAGCUAAAUUAUUUCACUUUUUAAUAUCUCUUUCUAAAUAUUUUUUUUAGAUAGAUAAAAUUUUUCGAUAGAUAAAAAAGACGUAUGUACCUAGACGAUAAAAUUAUUUUUAAAUUCCUUGCUUUGUUAAUAUAUUUCACAGGUUGUUUCAAACUUUCACCAAAAUAUCAACAUUUUGUUUCCCCCGUAUAAUUGACAGAUGACAACUUUAAUUUUUAAUUUCGAAAGAGAUAUUAAAAAGUCAAAUAAUUUAGCUACAAAUUGCUUAAAAAAUCAUCAAAAUCGUUCCACUAGAACACAAUAUAUAAAACUUUAAAAUUAAUCAAAAUUUUAGCCCUUUUUUUCGUGCCGGUAAGUGUAUAGGUAUAUUAUAUCUGUGUAUAUUUAUCUUUUUUGUUUGUGAUAUUUUUUUACUAAUUCAAAUUAGAAAUGAUAUUAGCUGUUAACUUUAUGCCGUGGUCGCACAUAAUGUGGCAGUUGGCGAUCUCUGAGCGCUCGUCAACUAUUGACCCUAGCAAAUUAUAGUUCGCCUUUUCAUCCACACAUGUGGGCAUUGCCUAGUUUCGGUCGAAGAAGUGGAGAACAUCGAACGUUUUAGUGUACAUGAUGUCUCAUUUUCGUGUGUUGCAGGGUUUCUUGUUCGAGUGGAGCUACAGAGAGGCGAGUUCCACAUCACUAUGCUACUUUUUUAUGAAACUAAAGUUGUCAUACACAGUACUAACCUUCUUAGUUCCCGAAUUACAGGGCGAAAUCCAAAACGUUGCAUUUUUCAAUCUCCUUCGUAUUUCGGUUAUCUUAUAACUUAUCGAAAAGGUGAAAACCGAGUCCCAUAGAGUUUUUCACGUAGAAUUCAGUAGCAUAAAUACAUUUUUGCUGUGAACUGUCAUUCCUGAAAUAUGACUGUAUAUUUUUAUUUUAUUUGCCUUGAAAAGUCAUGAACUUUCUAAAAAAAUCUAAAAAACAUACUCAAUACUUAUUUUCAAAAACAUGAUAAAAAUGCAUUAUUUUGAUUAUUGACUAUUCCAGGCUAGUUUCUGUGUGUAGAAUUAUUGCACAAGUGCAUUAAAAAUAUCAGUAUCUCUGAUUGAUAACGAGAUAUCUAAAAGCUGUACAAGUUUAUUUUCAGUGCAAUUUAUUAAGAUGGAACACGAUGGGAAGCAAAAUUAUCUGGUUGAAAUAAAUGAAAUAAAAUUAAAAUACCCUGAAACUAUUCUUUAUUAUUAUUUAUUGAUAAUUAUUUAUUGAUAUCAAAUUUUGAUCUGUUCAAAUAUUGGUUCUCCUAUUUAUUUUAUAGCAAAGGCGUAAAUAUGUUUUUAAAGGUCUACGUUUGGUAAACACACGUGCCAAAUUUGAACAAGCCGAUUUUGAGUAGUUUAAGAAAAACUCAUGAAAAACUGCUUCUAUUUUCAAAUUAAAACUUAACUGGUUAACGCUCUCAUAGGCAUUUAUUAAUUUUUAAUAUAAAAAUAGAUGCAAUCUUUCUUAAAUUACACAAAAUCGGCUCGUCCAAAAUUGUUCAAAUUUGGAAUGUGUAUUUACCAUGCAUAAACUUUUAAAGAGGCUUCUUCGCUGUAAAAUCAAUAGAGGAGCCAAUAUAUUUGAACAAUUCAAAGUUUGCAUGGUAUUUCGUAUAUUUCCAACGACGAUGCUCCACCAGCCUAUAAGUAAAAUACUCUAUGCGACUCAGUUUUUAACUUUUCGAUCAUUUUAAAGAUAAUCCAGAUAGGUAUGAAGGGGGUCAAAAUAUGCAAUAUUUUCAAAUUCGCCCUGUAUAUCAGAAUCCAAAGCGUGUAGCAAUUUUAAUUUCAUAAAAAAGCAGUACAGUGAUGUGAAAACCGCAACUUUGUAUCUCUACUCAUAAACGAGAAACCCCAUAACAGAAUCUCCAACACAGGAAAUGGAUAGCAAUGAUUCUGUGACAGUCAAUCUACGCAAAAAAUGCAACAAUAUAAAUAUCAGUCAUUUACUUACGAGAUGAAGCAAUAAGUAUAUAAUAUAUACAAUAAAAAAUCAACAAUAUGCUGUCAAUAAGCCAACUAUGAGUGCCGAAUAUGUGGAUGACUUUACGAACAACAAGACGAGCGCUUGUCUUUGAUGUGUACAAAUCCUCGUUGGGAAAUCGUCAACUGCCGCAUAUGCGCCCCCGACAUUAUAAAAAUAUAAUCAACGAAAUAUGAUAUGCAUUUACUGUAUCAUGAGUUGCUGUGAAAUAAAAUCAAAUCAAUUUUAAAA